GGGAGCCCCGCGCUGUGCUCACCCAGACAGGAAGCGGGAGAGUUCAGCAGUAUGGCUGUGACAGCCGUCCCGGUUAAAGCCGUGAUGGGCGUUUCGAGACCUGAUAACGUAGCCGCAAGACAGAAGGCGGGUAUGUGCGAUCAGUUUUGACAACGCCUGGAAUACCCCAUGUAAAACAGCCUCCCUGUCUUGGGAGCAUUCAGUUGCUCUGAACCAGUUCAGUCUUGUCUGAAUGACUCCUUCUGGGACUGAGAAAAAUUGACAGGUGUGGUCACAAGAGGACUUCCUUCACCUAGUGCUUCCUGACCCUCUCAAGGACCAAGUAGCCUUAUCCCCACUGGUGUCAUCAUACAGCUGAUUCUAGUGGUUGUUUCUAGAUUGGUGAAUGUGGAAGCAGCAGACGGUCUGGUCUGUGAAAAUGCCCAUCUGAGCACCAGUUUUGCUUUUUCAGACAUCUGCUCUUGUAGAAGAGAGCAGAGAAUGAUGAAGUCCCAGUGAACAUUUCUUGAGUACCUAAUGUGUGUCACAUGCAUUGACUGGCUGUGGAGUAUCUCAAGAAGAUUUCGGUAUGGUUUUUUUUCUGGGAGGAAUGCAGAGAAAAAUUAGGGGUUGGUAUCAUUCAAGGAUGUGGCUGUGGAUUUCACCCAAGAGGAGUGGCAGCAACUGGACCCUGCUCAGAGGACCCUGUAUAGAGAUGUGAUGCUGGAGAACUUCAGCCACGUGAUCUCAUUGGGAUAUCCAGUUUCCAAACCAGAUGUCAUCUCUAAGUUGGAACAAGGGGAAGAUCCAUGGAUCAUCAAGAGAGACGUAUCAAAUUGGAUCUAUACCGAUGAAAAUCAGGCAGAUGGGAGACAAGGGAAGAAAAGUAACCUUGACAACCCCAAAUCAUAUAUUUUGGGGUCUGUUUCCUUCCGUAAUAAUAUCCUGAAAGGAGUCACAAAGGAUGGUUCAUUGUACUCCAUUUUAAAAGUCUGUCAAGAUGAUGGCCAGCUACAGAGAUGUCAGGAAAACCAAGACAAGCUUUUCAGGCAAGUAACAGUCAUCAGCAACAAAACAGUGACUGUGGAGUCAGGCCAUAAAUAUAAUGCCUUUGGAAGAAUAUUUCAAGAGUGCAUAGAGCCAGAUACUUUAAGACAAAGAUCCCAUAGCUAUGAUGUAUUUAAAAAGAACUUGAAAUAUAAUGCUGAUCUACGUAGUUGUAAUAAGAGUAAUUCAAGAAAAAACCCUGAUGAGAGUUUGGGAUGUGGAAAAUCAUCUAGCUAUGGUGCAUCUGAUUCUAAUCUUGAGAAAAUGCACAAUGGAGUAAUGCCCUGUAAUAACAAUCAGUGUGGGAACAUUUUUAGUAGUAAACAAUCCCUUAUGCAAUAUCGGAAUGUUGAAACUAAGGAGAAAACCUGUGUGUGUGUUACAUGUGGAAAAGCCUUUGCCAAGAAGUCACAGCUUAUUGUACAUCAACGAAUUCAUACUGGAAAGAAACCAUAUGAUUGUGGUGCAUGUGGGAAAGCCUUCAGUGAGAAGUUUCAUCUCAUCGUACAUCAGAGAACUCAUACUGGGGAGAAACCUUACGAAUGUUCUGAAUGUGGAAAAGCCUUCUCUCAGAAAUCUUCCCUCAUUAUACAUCAGAGAGUUCACACUGGGGAAAAGCCAUAUGAAUGUAGUGAGUGUGGGAAAGCCUUCUCCCAGAAAUCACCCCUCAUUAUACAUCAAAGAAUUCACACUGGAGAGAAACCUUAUGAAUGUAGAGAGUGUGGGAAGGCCUUCUCCCAGAAGUCACAGCUGAUCAUACAUCAUAGAGCUCAUACUGGAGAGAAACCAUAUGAAUGUACUGAAUGUGGGAAAGCCUUCUGUGAGAAGUCCCACCUCAUUAUACAUAAAAGAAUUCACACUGGGGAGAAACCCUACAAAUGUGCUCAAUGUGAGGAAGCCUUCAGCAGGAAGACGGAACUCAUUACACAUCAGUUAAUUCAUACUGGGGAGAAACCUUAUGAAUGUACUGAAUGUGGGAAGACCUUCUCCCGGAAGUCACAGCUCAUCAUACAUCAGAGAACACAUACUGGAGAAAAGCCCUAUAAAUGCAGUGAAUGUGGAAAAGCCUUCUGUCAGAAAUCACAUCUCAUUGGACAUCAGAGAAUUCACACAGGAGAAAAACCUUAUAUAUGCAGUGAAUGUGGGAAAGCCUUCUCUCAGAAGUCUCACCUCCCAGGGCAUCAGCGAAUUCAUACAGGAGAAAAACCUUACAUAUGUGCUGAAUGUGGAAAGGCGUUUUCCCAGAAGUCAGACCUUGUUUUACAUCAGAGAAUUCAUACUGGGGAAAGACCCUAUCAAUGUGCUAUCUGUGGGAAAGCCUUCAUCCAGAAGUCACAACUCACUGUACAUCAGAGAAUUCAUACAGUAGUAAAAUCAUAAUGAACUGAACGCAGAAAAGCCUUCAGUAUUAGCUCAAGCCUUAAUAAAUACUAGGAACCUGAUUGAUUUGAUACAUCUUUAUAGAUGUCUGUAGUGUGGUGAUACCCAACUCAGCAAAGAUGAUGGAAAAUAAUCAUAAAUGAAGAACAUUUUCAACAUGGUGUGUAAAACUUUUAAAGUUAUGUAUAUAGAAUGUUGUCAAGUUACAUAUUCUAUAUUAUACCACAUUAAUAAUAACCAGACAUUGUGAAAUAGCUAAUAUUAGCUUGGCAUCAUUUUGGCCAUACAGUAAUUCCCUGUAAAGGACAUGAAGAAAGCUUGAGUUGAAUAAAUAAAUAAAUACAUAAAUAAAUAAAUAAAUUCCUAGAAACUACAUUAUAAGGAGGGGCUUAGCAUGACCCCUAAAGAUACAUGUAAAAUUCUUGUACAAAGAUGGAAAGAUAGGUGGAUCAGAUGAUGUUUAUACGUUUUCCCGUCUCAAUCAUAUAAGUUGACCUGUCUCUCUGGAAGGAUCCUGGAUCUUGAAAUUGGUGCUACUUGACCAGAUCACCCAUUUAUUCUCCCUCACUGGGAGUUUGGUGUUGUGGAAAUGCUUUGGUACUGAACCAGAUGGUCUUGUGUUCUAAUACUGGCUCAGCUACUCGCAGAUUGUGUAACUUCAAGCAAGCCUGCUUCACCCAUCUGAAUAUUUCCUAUCAGUAAAAAAAAAAAAAAGUAUAGUGAAGAGUACAUUUUCAUUUAUUAUUCUUUUUGUCUUUCAUUUCCAUGCAGUUGGAUGCUAAGACUAAUAUGUAAAAGCUACAUCUAAACUUGUAUUUCAGACACUCAGCUUUUGAUAACCCAUUCCCAGGACUGUUCAUUUUACUGUUUUUGACGCUAGUGGCCUUGAUUCUUGGUAUGUUCAAGUGACAUUUUAUUAUGCAUUUGUUGUUUUUUACAUACAUUUAUAAACUGGUGGUUACACAUAAA